UUUAGUGUAGAUGUUGACAGAGAACACUGAGGUGCAAUCUUAGAAUUACUAACAUUUCUUAAAGGUAUUUUGUUAAGUUUUAGUUUUGAAAAUACUGUGUCCAAGGUUUUGCAUGAUAUUUUCUGGAGGAUAUUUUGAAAUCUGGGCAACCGAUGCGCUUUCUGAAAGGACUUUCAAAAUGAAACUGUCCUUUGAAGAGAAGGAAGGAUGGCAGCAGAGGAUUAUAGCAGAUCCAAUUUGGUAUCUCCAAGUGGGACCUUCUCGCUGCAUAUUCCAAAAGGGCACUUGGCUUCCUGUGGUAUUCUGAUGACCAGAACUUCUCCUUUGCAAGUACCUGUAAUGAGCCAUACCUUUUCAAGAACUUUCUUCAAGAUUGCUGCACCACUAGUCAACAAAAGAAAAGAAUAUUCUGAAAGAAGAAUUAUAGGGUAUUCUAUGCAGGAAAUGUAUGAAGUUGUUGCUGUUGUGGAGAAUUACAAGCUAUUUGUUCCUUGGUGUAAGAAGUCAGAUAUCUUAUCGAAGCGCUCUGGAUACUGCAAAGCACAGCUAGAAAUAGGAUUCCCUCCUGUAGUGGAGAGGUAUACGUCAGUUGUUACCCUAGUGAGACCACAUUUAGUUAAGGCCUCUUGCACAGAUGGGAAACUAUUUAAUCACUUGGAAACAGUGUGGCGUUUCAGCCCGGGGAUCCCUGGUUAUCCAAGGACAUGUACAUUGGAUUUUUCAGUUUCUUUUGAAUUUCGCUCACUUCUACACUCAAAACUCGCUACGCUCUUUUUUGAUGAAGUGGUAAAGCAGAUGGUGGCUGCCUUUGAAAGAAGAGCAUCCAAACUGCACGGCCCAGAAACAACCAUACCUCGGGAGCUAAUGCUUCAUGAAGUGCAUCAGACGUAAAAGGGAUAAUUGUAACAGCCUCCAUCAUAAACUCAUUUGUACAAGAGGUGCCACGUCCUCCUUUGGGGCAUCUGUUUCAUGUCUGAGCUUUGUGUGUGACUUUAUACUGUACAAACUCACCUGUUCAGCCAGAUGUAUAUAGAAUGUUCAAGCUACAGUCAAGUGCAACUUAAAGUGUUACCAGUAACAGACAAUUAGCUACUGUAACACAAGGUAUCUCAGGCUGCUGGUUAUGAACUUGCCCAUCACAGCGGAAGUUUUGCCUUUUUCAAGCUUACAGCUUUUUUUUUUUUUUUUUUUUUUUUUUCAGCAUUGUAACAUACUAACUUAAGUUAUUGGGAGCGUGAAUGUAACUUAACAGCAUCAACUCAAGCCAGGGAAGCUGACGCUGUCUUUAGGCAGUGCGGAACAGUUUGUGCAGCGUCCAGCAGCAGGUGCUUUUAAUCCAAAUGAGUGACAAGCAUGAGGCUGGAGCCUCCAGCUGCUGCCUUCCGCAAGGAAAAACAACUCAGCCUGAGCACUCCUGAGUUUUCAGGAGUUAGAUGUAAGGGCUACACAGCUCACCUAAUGCAAAUAGUUCCUGUUCCAACAAAGCUUCAAGUCAAUAAAUGUUACCUCUGGAGUGCUGGGGCACAGAUGCACACCCAUCUGUCUGUCCUCUGCUGACUGCAGCCUGAGCACACCAGGGACACUUGUCACUAAAUCCAACGAUACAGCUCAACUUCAGUUCUUAAGAGUUUUUUCAGUACCAUACGAUCAUUUAUUUAAUUAGCCCAUUACAAUUGUUCCCCAUCUUGAUUGUCAGUAGUUCUAUUCCUUACAUUAACCUUCUCUUUCCAACCUCUGAAGAAAUGUAAAUGGAACAGAUUGUAACUCCUGGCUGGUGCUCCCUUCAGUACAUCUUACCAAAACCAGGUGGAGCUUCAGGGCAGGUGCUGAGGCUGGUCCUUGCUCCCAAGUGUCUGCAACCUGCAUGGUUACUAAAGAACAGUGUGUUAAAUUACACAGGAAGGUAUGUUUCAGGUCAUUUAGGUCCUUUACCAGAAAGAGCAGCUGAAAUUUCACAGGUUGUAGUAGGAAGCUGGGCAAAGUGUCAGCUGGAUGAAGAGGUCAGUUUUAAAGCACCGAGAAGUUUGUAAAGCGGUUUUGUUUGUGGAGACAGAUUAACAUACACAAGUUUGGAAAGCAGGCAGGAAAGACUUUACACAUCAAUAGCACCAGCUGUGUGAGGUUGAAGAACAGUAGGUGGCAAACAAAGCAGUCAUUUUUAAGGUUAAAGUAGCAUCUAGGGUAAAAUAACUAAAAAUAAAUCCUGGAGCACAUUACCAGAAAACUGGAAGUCUCAAGUCAAGGAGACAAGACACUACACCCAAGCAAGUAUUCAAACUCCCCCCAACCCUUUGUUAGCAAAGCCGACCUGUUUGAUCCCACAGCACUAUGGAAGAUGCACACGGAACGAGCACUACAGACCAGCAAAUAAAGUCAGUGCACGUGCCUUCUUUUUGUAGCAUUGUUUAAUAUGCCAAAGAACUGCAGUGUCAGUUCAGCUCAGAGAUUCCUUAGCAAAACCUAAAAGUCACCUGUAUUUCAGAGAAAGACUCUAGGCACAGGAAUGUUUCCUGGAGGGAAAUGACCCGUCAUUUCCAGGCAUGUGUCAGAUUUCUAGUAAAUCUUAGAAGCAAGAGGGGGUCAAGGUUCUCCUGUGACUAUGGCUUUGUGUGCAGAUGAAUAAGGUGAUACAUUUUGUAACUUUUGAGCAGUUUGUUUUAUUACAUAAAGGUCACAUAACUGUAUUGUUGCCUACUUUGUACACAAUUGUCUAGUCUCACGCACAGUGGCUUCCAAGUUCUUCCUAGUACUGGCAAGCACCAUUGAAUUCUGAAACAGAGUAUCAAGUGCCUUAAUUAAAUCAGGACCUUGGGUAGAUGGAUCUUGCACCCAGUUAUCAGGAAUGUACAAAUGUCUUUAUUCAAAAAAAUACAAAAUAAAUUAUCUGUAGGCAUGGACAA